AUGAGAGAGGAGUGCAGAAGUGAGGCAAGUGUGAGGGCGGUGGCGUCAAUUCUCCUGCGCCACCACUUGAGCGGGCGGCUGGCGCCUGUGGGCAUGCAGGGCCAUGAGGUGGAGCUGGUGUGUGCAAUCGCGCGCGUGGAGAGCUCGUGGGAGCCCUUGGCAUACAGAUUCGAGCCGCACAAGGGGGAGGCCAGCACGGGGCUCAUGCAGGUGCUGCAGUCAACAGCCAUGUGGCUGGCAGAAGACAUGGGGUACCACGCCUACACGGUAGACUGGGCGUCCGCAAUGCUCUACCCUCCGUUCCUGGGGAUGUACUAUGGCAUGGCGUACCUUGCAUGGCUCACGAAUUUCAAGGGCGUCCAUCGCAGUGAGGAGUUUGUGGUGUGGGCAUACAACGGAGGGCCGAGGGGGGCGGAUAAGCCAGCCACAACAGUCUACUGGAGGAGGUACCUCAGGGCAAAAGAGGUGACGGUGGGGUGUGGGUGGGUGCAUGGGGAUAAGGGGAUUUCAGCGUGUAGUUGUGCGUGA